UAUAGUCUGACUCUUCCGGCUUCGGAGGACGCAGCCGCUGAAAUCGAACACAGCCUCAGUGAGCCUGUCUGAAACCGGAAGCAGGACCAGCGAUCACAAACAACUUGUUUUAGUUCAGUCAGGGCUGACAAAAACACGACUUUCGCUCGGAAAAUUAAAGAUGGGAACUACUGCUAGUCAUCUUGACAAGGAGGCUCUUUCAGAAUACCAGGAGCUGACAUUUCUGACAAAACAGGAAAUCCUCCUUGCGCACAGGAAAUUUAGAGAACUACAGAAUAAAGAAGAGAGGAGCAAUACUACCUCCAGGGUACCAAUGGAAAGGAUUAAUGAACUACCAGAGCUGAAGUCUAACCCUUUCAAAGAAAGAAUCUGUCAUGUAUUCUCCACCUCUGAAAAUAAAGAUGGAAGCCUCACGUUUGAAGAUUUCCUGGAUCUUCUGAGUGCUUUUAGCGACUCUGCCACUCUGGAAAUCAAAUCCCACUAUGCAUUCCGUAUAUUUGACUUUGACGAUGAUGGAACCCUUGAUUAUGAUGACCUGAAGAAGUUGGUUAACUGCCUGACCGGUGAGAGCGAGGACACACGACUGAACGAUGAUGAAAUGAAACAGCUCAUUACCAAUAUCCUUGAAGAGUCUGACAUCGACAAGGAUGGGACGGUAAACCUAUCAGAGUUUCAGCAUGUCAUUUCAAGAUCUCCAGACUUUGUCAGCUCUUUCAAGAUUGUGCUGUAAAGACUUGCUGCUGUGCUUUGGAAGUGUGUCUGUCUUUUGUGUUCCUUACAUUUACAAUUUUUUUAAGCUAAAAAGAUUUUUAAUAAUUGCCUUAAAUUAUAUUUACCCUUUGAAAUGUAUCACUCUAUCCAUUUUUUAAUGAAUAAAAAAUGUAACCCCUUUUUAAAUGUUUCCAAAAUAAAAAACAAACUUA